AUGGCUGACAUGCACGGCAGCAUCCCCAGGAUCGACUUCGCCGGCAUCGAUCCAGCCACAGGAGGCACCUCCGACGACGCCAAAUGGGCCGCGGUGCGCGGGGCCGUCAUGGACGCGCUCUGCGAGCACGGCUGCUUCGAGGCCGUCAUGGACGGCCUCAUCACCCCGGAGCUCAGCGCCGCCGUGCUCGGCGCGGGUGGCGCGGUGGAGUCUCUCCUCUCACUGCCCGUGAGCGCCAAGGCGCGCAACACCAGCGAGAAGCCGUACCGCGGCUACGUCGGCUCCAUCCCCGGCUUGCCCUACGAGAGCUUGGCCAUCGUGGACCCGCUCUCCGUCGACGCCGUCCGCGCCUUCGCCGACCUCAUGUGGCCUGACACGGGCAACACCGCCUUCUGGUGA